AUGUUUGGUAAAGUGUUUGUGAGCUACAUCAGGACAAGGAUCGGGUUCAAACCAUUAAGCACGAUAUACACGCCCUCUUCUUCCUCUUCGCACGGCUUCGGUAAAGAGGCGUGCUUCCCGUAUAAGAAGUGGCACGAGUUGGAUAUGCUCCAGAAGCAAGAGUUCAUCCAGCGAUUUGUCAAGAACUACAGACAUCAAUACCCAAGUUCCAAGACCAAUGUAUCGCUCAAGGGACUGAGUAUCGGCAUGGACGAGCACAAUGAUUCGCCAUCCGUGUUCGGCAUUUUCUAUAACGACAUAUGGAAAUCGUUCAAAAGUGAGCAGCGGGAACCCGCAAAUGACGGUAUAAGAACGGGUAAUAGAUUCAGUCAUCCACGCUUUAAGCAGCUACUAAUCCAGAGAUAA